AUGUACUCCGCCGGCGUGGAGAUCCUCGGCAUGAUCCUGGCGGUGGCCGGGUGGCUGGGGGUGAUGGUGGCCUGCGGCCUGCCCAUGUGGCGCGUGGCCGCCUUCAUCGGUCAGAACAUCGUCAUCUCCCAGGUGAUCUGGGAGGGCUUGUGGAUGAACUGCUCGGUGCAGAGCACGGGUCAGAUGCACUGCAGGGUGCACGACUCCAUGCUGGGGCUCCCCGAGGACCUGCAGGCGGCCCGGGCCCUGGUCAUCGUCUCCAUGGUGCUGUGCAUCGUGGGCAUCGGCCUGGCGGUGGCCGGGGCCAAGUGCACCAACUGCAGCCGGGACGUGAGCAGCAAGCCGAAGCUGGUGGUGGCUGCCGGGGGAACCUUCGUGGUGGCCGGGCUGCUGCUGCUGGUGGCCGUGUCCUGGACGGCCCACGCCAUCGUGCUGGGCUUCUACGACCCGCUGCUGGAGGAGACGGGCAAGAGGGAGUUCGGCAACGCUCUGUACUUUGGCUGGGCUGCGUCCUGCCUGCUGAUCAUUGGGGGGGUCCUGUUGUGUUGCUCCUGCCCCCCCAGGCCGGCCGCGGCGCCGAGGGGGGGGGGCCCUGUGCCGCCGCGUGAGGACUACUCGGCUGUCAAACCGCUGUCAGUGAACGGAUACACCAGAAGAGACUAUGUGUAA